CUAUCUGCGUUCAUCAUCUUCAUCUUGCGACUUGAGCUAGCUCUCAAUCAUUGUCUUUACCGUUUAUCACUAACCUAAUUUUCCAAAAAUAUGGUCUUCCACAAGCGCGAGCCGUCCAAAGACAUCACCUCGAAUACAGCAUACGUCACACCGUUGCCCACCUACUACUCACAGCAACUGCCUCGAUGGACCAGCAAGAGCGCAUUUGAAGACCAGAAGGCGUUCGACGUCAAGACUGAGCCGCUUGAUCCCUGUUAUCCGCAGUUUGCCAUGCCCAGGUUCGAUGACACUCCAUUGCCGCCGCGCCCACAGCGUCGACGCCUACCGAGGAAGACCAUUUUGAUACCCUGGAUCCUUGCAGCUAUUUUCUUCCUCACCACUCUCUGGUUCACCUCGAUUGCGCUCGGUGUACGCCUAUUUAUGGUACUGCAACCGGCACCCACCAGUCCACCCGUACAAGAGAUUCGUGUCAUGGUCGAUGGAAACAUAUUUAGCACUACUGCGUCUGCAUACACUUCGUUCGUCACACUAUCUGCAAGCGCAGUGACAGCUACAGAGACUGUUGUCAACGAGUUCACAACGAUUGCCCCGGUGCCGAGAAAUGUCAAAACAAGCCCCACUGGGUUUAUCACAGUCGCCAAGAUGGUGUAGCGGACGACUCCCCCGGCGCGUGGGGCGAGCGAAGCGCAGUGAGCGUGUCAUGGAAUGAGAACUAUUAGAGAUUUAUGAGACACCUUCAGUCUUCUCGCCUUGCGA